GGUGUCUCCGCCCCCCGGUUCCUCCUCAGGUGAGACAGGACGGAGGAAUGUGACGGAGCGUUUCUGCUCCAACUCCGUGGAUCAAACGUGGCCAAGAACCGGACGUCGGGCCCCAGAAUGUGAGUAGAGUCGUCGGGGAUGAGGAGCAGCGCGUCCGGGACCCACCAGAGGAUCUUUGGAGGAAGUUUGUGACCCGACGCGUUCUAGGACUCCAGGUCCAGGUGUGGCCGCUCUAUCUGCGCCUGCGCUCUGAGUUUGUGUGCGCCCUGGUCCUAGUGCUCGUCCCGGUCCCGGUCCUGGUCCUGGUCCUGGUCCGGGCGGGUCACCAUGCCGGCCCUCAUAACUGUGACGGACUUUAUUGCGGAGACCAAUGAGGACUACAAGGCUCCCACCACGUCCAGCUUCACCACCCGGAUGUCCCACUGCAGGAACACGGUGGCGGCUCUGGAGGAGGUUCUGGACCUGGACCGAUCGGUUCUCUACAAGAUCAAGAAGUCUGUGAAAGCCAUCAACACGUCUGGUCUGGCCCACGUGGAGCAUGAGGAGCAGUACUUCCAGUCCAUGGAGAAGUUUGGUGAGAACUGUGCGUGCAGGGAGGACAAUGAGGUCGGACCGGCCUUCCUCAAGUUCGCCGUGUUCACCAAGGAGCUGACGGCCCUUUUCAAAAACCUGAUGCAGAACAUGAACAACAUCAUCAUGUUUCCUCUGGACAGUCUGCUGAAGGGAGACCUGAAAGGAGUCAAAGGGGACCUGAAGAAGCCGUUUGAUAAAUCCUGGAAGGAUUACGAGACCAAGCUAGCCAAGAUCGAGAAGGAGAAGAGGGAACACGCGAAGCAGCACGGGAUGAUUCGCACUGAGUUCAGUGGAGGAGAAAUCGCUGAGGAGAUGGAGAAGGAGAGACGGAUGUUCCAGCUGCAGAUGUGUGAGUAUUUGCUGAAAGUCAACGAGAUCAAAGUGAAGAAAGGAGCCGACUUCCUCCAGAACCUCAUCAAGUAUUUCCACGCUCAGUGCAAUUUCUUCCAGGACGGCCUGAAAGCCGUGGAGGCCCUGAAGCCCUCGGUGGAGAAGCUGGCCUCAGACCUGACGGUGAUAAAACAGGGUCAGGACGGAGAGAGGAAGCAGCUGAUUCAGCUCCGGGACGUCCUGAAGGCCUCGCUGCAGUCGGAGCAGAAAGAGGACCCUCAGGCCAAGCAGAAUGCCGGCUACAGCCUCCAUCAGCUGCAGGGGAACAAGGCCCACGGCACCGAGCGCUCCGGCGUCCUCUUCAAGAAGAGCGAGGGACUGAGGAAGGUGUGGCAGAAGCGGAAGUGCUCGGUGAAGAACGGCUUCCUGUUCAUCUGUCACGGCACGCCGAACAAAGACCCGAUCAGAAUCAACCUGCUCACCGGCCAAGUGAAGAGGAACCCUGAAGAGAAGAAGAGCUUCGACCUGUUCACACACGACAGGACGUACCACUUCCAGGCCGAGGACGAGGGCGAGUGUCAGAUAUGGGUGUCGGUGCUGCAGAACAGCAAAGAGGAGGCCCUGAACAAGGCCUUCCAAGGAGACCAGGAUGAAGGAGAGAACAACAUCGUCCAGGAGCUGACCAAGGCCAUCGUAGGAGAGGUCAAGAGAAUGAGCGGCAACGACAGCUGCUGCGACUGUGGAGCUGCAGGUCCCACGUGGCUGUCCACCAACCUCGGGGUGCUGAUCUGCAUCGAGUGUUCGGGGAUCCACAGGGAGAUGGGCGUCCACUACUCCAGGAUCCAGAGUCUGGACCUGGACGUCCUGGGAACCUCCGAGCUGCUGUUGGCGAAGAACGUGGGAAACGCCAGCUUCAACGAGAUCAUGGAGGCUGACCUGUCGGCGCAGGGCGUCACCAAGCCGAACUCGACCAGCGACAUGCAGAUGAGGAAGGACUACAUCACGGCCAAGUACACGGAGAAGCGCUUCGCCCGGCGCCGUUGUGCCGACGCCGCGUCCAGACUGCAGGUCCUGUACGAGGCCGUCAGGAACAAGGACGUCCUGUCCCUCAUCCAGGUCUACGCUGAGGGGGUGGACCUGAUGGAGGCCGCCCCACAACCCAACGAGCACGAACCCGGAGAGACGGUGCUCCACCUGGCGGUCCGGAUGGGCGACAGGAACUCCCUCCACAUCGUCGACUUCCUGGCCCAAAACAGUGGGAACUUGGACAAGCAGACGUCCAGAGGAAGCACAGCGCUGCAUUACUGCUGCCUGACCGACAACAGCGAGUGUCUGAAGCUGCUGCUCAGAGGGAAGGCCUCUGUCUCCAUCACAAACGACGCCGGAGAAACGCCGCUGGACAUCGCUAAACGUCUGAGACACACUCAGUGUGAGGAGCUGCUGACUGAGGCCCAGACAGGAAAGUUUAACGUCCACGUCCACGUCGAGUACGAGUGGCGUCUCCAAAACGAGGACCUGGACGAGAGCGAGGACGAGAUGGAGGACAAGCCCAUCCCCAACCGGAGGGACGAGCGUCCCGUCAGCUGCUUCGUGCCCGGUAGCGCCGCCAUGCAGCCCAACAUAGCGGUGUUGGCCCGGGACAUUGCCGGCCUGGCCCGGGACAAACAGAGGCCCCCCAUCCCCAACACCUUCAUCAGCAACGAGACCUACGGCACCAUGCUGGACGUGAACCUACCUCCACCCGGCCCCACGCCCCCGCUGCCCCCCAGGGCCCCCACCAGAGGAUUGGGUGGAGGUAAACCCGUUACCGUGGAAACCGUAGGAAGACAGCGUUCGUCCUCGGACCCCCCCAACCCUCAGACCCCAGAGAGGAACAUGUCCAUGUACGUGCCCCUCCUGGCGCCCCCUGCUGUCAGUAAGAGGUCCAGCAUGUUGGACCCCAAGACCAUGUCUGCCAAGAACACCCCCCUCCCUCCGCUGCCCCCCCCACCAGCUGGACUCCCUUUCACCGCCAAGGAGCCUCCGGUCCCACCUCCUCCCUCCGCCCCCCCACCUCCACCCCACUACAGACCUCCACCCCUGCCCCCUCCUGUUCCCAGUCACCAGGGCAGCAGACCUCCAGGACCUCCAGGACCCCGGUCCCCCACCAGUUCCCUGAAGGGUCCUCAGAGACCCCCGGUCAGGACGGCCUCCAUGGACAAACGAGGUCUUCCAUCCAGGUCUCCCCAGAAUCCGUCUCCUCCAACUCCCAAACCCAGAUCCACCUUCUCGGUACGUCCUCAUACUCGUCCCCAGACUCUUAAACCAAGUGUUUUCUGGCUGGACUCUGGUUGACCGUUGCUCUGUUAAAU